AUUUCUAUUCGUUUUGACAUCUUCAUGAUAAGAAACAUGUGUUUCUCAUCAGCACACUUACUGGUGGCGCUGCUUCUGAUGGUGGCGUUCUACAAAACUUGCAAGGCGUCAGAUGGAUACAAGAAUUGUUCUGGGUUAUGCGGACAUCACACCGUGAGCAGCCCUUUCCGUCUGAGAGACUUUGCAGAGCAGUGUGGUGAUCAUAGGUAUGAGCUAUCUUGUGAGCACAACCAAUUGGUACUGUACUGGCAAUCUGGUAGAUACAGUGUUGUGUCCAUUGAUUAUGAGAAUCUCACGAUCCGAGUGAAGGAUGCUAAUGUUGUGGAGUUGAAUUACUCUUCCCUUCCUGGGUAUUCUUUAACAGACUACAACUUUAGCUAUUGGGAUCCAUAUAACCCCACCGUUCUAACACGCUCUGAAGAUGCAUCUUGGGAUUAUAAUCGAUUGACAAAGAUCAUGAUAUACGUGCGGUGUAAAAACCCUGUGGAUUCCUCAGUGUUUGCAGACACAGCUCCCUGCUUCAAAAAUUCCAGCAGGUCAGUAGCUGCUGCGUCGUCGUAUGUGUAUGCGAGCGUAAUUGGCAGAGAAACUGCAGGGGAAUGGGGGUUAGGGGACGAUUGUGGUAUAGAGCUAAUGUACAUGACAUCGUGGCCUGACCGGAAGAACCAGUCCUGGUCCUGCGAAGUCAUCCACAAUAUGCUUGUUUACGGCUUUGAGCUUUCUUGGCUGAACAGUGACUGCCUCAAAUUUGGAGUUUAUGCAUAUCUCGAUGAAAGCAAGCAACGCCAUUGCGCUGACCCAAUUAAAUCAGGUCCAGGCGGCAUCACUUUUGUAGAAAUCUUUUGGUAUACCGUGGACGCCUGCACUAUGUUAGCUCUUUAUACUGGAGUUAAACUUGUUCUGGGGUCUCCAUUUGUCAUCGCCCUUUUGAUCUAUAAAUGGCGAAGAAAACAUUUAUCAAUGUAUGACAAUAUUGAAGAUUUUUUGAAAAGCGACAACAACAUCAUGCCUAUAAGGUACUCCUACAAUGAUAUCAAGAAGAUGACCAAAGGGUUUAAAAUAAAACUUGGGAAAGGAGGCUUUGGCUCAGUGUUCAGGGGAACACUUCGAAGUGGUCGUGAUGUAGCUGUCAAGAUGUUGGAUAAAGCCGAAGCCCAUGGUCAGGAAUUCAUCAAUGAAGUUGCUACACUUGGCAGAAUCCACCAUGUUAAUGUGGUGCAACUCGUUGGUUAUUGUGUGGAGGGAUCAAAACGUGCUCUUAUAUAUGAGUUCAUGCAAAAUGGAUCUCUUGAAAAAUACAUUUUCUCUAAACUUGAUGAGAAUGAUCAAUCCUUGAAUGUUCAUCAAUUGUAUGCCAUUUCUCUAGGAGUAGCUCGUGGUAUUGAAUAUCUUCACAAAGGAUGUGUUAUGCAAAUCCUGCAUUUUGAUAUAAAGCCACACAACAUUCUUCUUGAUGAUAACUUCAUCCCAAAGGUUUCUGAUUUUGGACUUGCUAAGCUCUAUCCUACAAAUAAUAGCAUUGUGUCUCUUACAGCAGCAAGGGGAACUAUAGGAUACAUGGCUCCUGAGCUUUUCUACAGAAAUGUUGGUGGGGUCUCUUAUAAAGCUGAUAUCUAUAGUUUUGGGAUGCUAUUAAUGGAGAUGGCUGGUAGAAGAAAAAAUUUAAAUGUUUUAGUUGAGCAUUCAAGUCAGUUUUACUUUCCCUUUUGGGUUUAUGAUCAAUUAAAUGAAGGAAAUGAAAUUAGCAUAGCAGAUGCAACAGCGGAAGAAAUGAAAUUGGCAAGGAAAAUGUUGAUUGUGGGGUUGUGGUGCAUUCAAACAAAGCCCAACGAUCGUCCUUCAAUGAAAAAAGUUGUAGAGAUGCUUGAGGGAGAUGAGCAAGACUUAGAAUUGCCUCAAAAGCCUUAUCUGUAUCCAAAUGACUUACCAGCAAAUGAUAAUAUUGAUCAUUCAACUUCAACAUGGCCAUCCAAGUCAAGCGAUCGCCCUUCAAUGAACAAAGUUGUGGAAAUGCUUGAAGGAGAAGAGCAAGAGUUAGAAUUGCCUCAAUAUUCUCAAGAUUUACAGACAAUUGAUGCUAGUGAUAACAAAUGUUCAGCGUCUCCUUCCUCUAAUCCAUCAGUGAGUAAGUCAAAAGAAACAACCUCAUUUUUAACUAAAGAAGAUGAGAGAUCAAUAUAGCAUUGUAAAUAGACUAGUGAUCUUGAUAUAUAUAUAUAUAUAUAUUGAUUUUAUUAUGAGAAACUUUUAAAUAUGAAUAAGUGGGGGUUGUAUCAAAUGAGAAUGGCAUGUUAGGCUUUCAUUUUUUAUGUAAUGAGAUAUAUUAUCAUUAAGGAGGAAGUAUUAUUUGUCUUUCUGGA